AUGCUCGACUUAUUUACUAUCUUGACUAAAGGUGGCUUCGUUUUAUGGCAAAAGAAGUUUGCUUCUAUCUCUGGCUCACCUGUAGAAGACUUGAUACGCAACAUCCUUAUUGAAGAACGCGCAGGUACUAACUCAUAUAUCAAAGAUAAUUAUGCUUUAAAAUGGACGUUUGCCAAUGAACAUGAUUUGGUGUUUGUGGCAACUUAUCAAAAGAUUUUGCAGCUUGGUUAUAUUGAGGAACUCUUGGAGACCGUGAAACGUAUGUUUCUAGACAUGAAUAAGGAAGCUAUAGCACAAGGUCAUCUGAUUGAUCAAGAUUAUGAAGGGUUUGGACCUAUUUUUGACAAGACAUUAGCACAAGUGGAAGAAAAGUAUGCCAGUCAGCGUCAACGGGUGCCUAGAAAAUUCGAAAAUACCAAGAAAUUUGAAAACUCAUUAAAAGGAUCUCAAGCACAAAACAAGGGAGAACUUCUUGUGGUGAAUACAAGCAACAGUACAGUAGACGAAGAUGAAAUUACAAAAAACAUCAGAGCGCUUAAACUACAAGGAAGUCCGAGAACCGCUGCAAAGGGUCGAAAAUCCGUGAAAUCAAAUAAUAAAUCAGCAACAGCAUCGCCUCAGACGGAAGAAAAGAAGAAGAAAUCACAAAAACAAGCUCGUGUAUGGGAUGGUCAGAUUGCUAAAGGAGAGAUGGAAGCACUUGAUUAUUCAAGCAACAAAAACGACAAUGACGAUGAUCCUGAAGUUAUUGCUGCUCAAUUUGUAGACGAGACAAAGCUUGGUCAAAAGAACGAAAAAGGUGUGUAUGAAGUUCAAGAUGUUAUUCAGGAAGAAGAAGAAGAAAAAAUGGACGAUGAACUUGACUUUGAUGAGGAUCAAGAUACUUCAUCUAGCAGAAACCAAAAAUCAGGAGGCUUGUUUUCUUACCUUAAAUCAUUUACUGGUCAGCGUGAAAUCACUGCCGAGACAUUGGACCCUGUUAUUGCUACUAUUAAAGAGCAUUUGAUUAGACAAAACGUUGCCUCUGAUAUUGCAGAACAUUUAUGCCAAAGUGUAAAGACAAGUUUGUUGGGUAAAAAACUCGGUAGUUUCGAGCGUAUCUCUACUGCUGUCAGAAAUAGUAUGGAAGCUGCUUUAAAGCGUAUUUUAACACCCAAGACAUCACUUGAUAUUCUACGAGAUAUCGAGCAAGCAAAGGUUGAAAAAAGACCUUAUACAAUGUGCUUUAUUGGCGUGAAUGGUGUUGGCAAGUCAACCAAUCUCAGCAAAGUGUGCUUUUGGCUGCUUCAGAACAACUACAAGAUUUUGAUUGCCGCUUGUGAUACUUUCCGUAGUGGUGCUGUUGAACAACUACGUGUUCAUGCACGUAAUCUGCGUGCCCUUCAAACCAGUGGUGGCGGUGUUGUUGAACUAUUUGAACGUGGUUAUGGUAAAGAUUCAGCUGGUAUUGCAAAAGAUGCUAUUAAUUAUGCUACUGUAAAUCAUUUUGAUGUUGUCUUGAUCGACACAGCUGGCCGUAUGCAAGACAAUGAACCCUUGAUGCGUGCCUUGUCAAAAUUAGUUUCAGUUAAUCAGCCUGAUAAAAUCAUCUUUGUGGGAGAAGCCCUUGUGGGUAACGAAGCUGUCGACCAGCUUAGCAAAUUUAAUCAAGCCCUAAAGGAUUUCUCUGGUCUACAGAAUCCUAGACAUAUUGACGGUAUGAUUUUAACCAAGUUUGAUACCAUCGACGACAAAGUGGGUGCUGCCCUUUCCAUGACUUAUAUUACUGGUCAACCCAUUUAUUUUGUGGGCACUGGCCAAACAUAUACCGAUCUUAAAAACCUCAAAGUAUCUCAUGUUGUGCAUAGCUUGUUGAAAAAAUAA